AUGCCUAAACCCACAACUAUAAGCAGUGGGAGGAGCUGGUUCAAGUACUUCCAGUAUGAAGAAGGCAGGGACUCGCCAGCUGAAGCCCGAAAUGUGAUCCUGGUGGUGGUCACUCUCAUUGCAGCAGUGACUUUUCAAGCUGGGGUGAAUAUUCCUGGUGGUGUUUGGCAAGAUGAAGAUGAUGGACAUGCUCCAGGGUGGGCAAUUUUUGCGAGUCGAACACGACCGUACCACGUUUUUCUAAUAUCAAACAGCAUAGCUCUUUCUACAUCCAUACUUGUAAUUGCAUCACUUACCUAUAGGUUUCCUUUCCAUUUCGAGAUAUGGGUUGCUACUGCUGCAAUGUUGGUAACCUACGCUUCCACUCUUUAUGCUGUUACGCCUGAUGAUUCUGUGAAUCUUAUAUACGUCUUGGUUGCUUCUGCUCUGCCUUUUGUGAUUCGUUGUUUAAUCCACUUAUUCAAUAAGUGUAUCACUAUAUUCAAGUCCAAAAGUAACAUUCGUACUGGUGAGGCACAGACACCAUCUCCUUAA